AUGGUCAUGGAAACUUCCAAAUGGAUGCAGCCUAUGCAGGGUCUGAGUCUGUCAUCCUAUGACAGCACAAGCCCAAAGCCACCUAUGCCUCCCCUGGAGCAGCUGUACCGGGAGGGCCCGCUGCUGGGGAGCGGCGGCUUCGGCAGCGUUUACGCCGGGACCCGGCUCGCCGACGGCGUCCCGGUGGCCAUCAAGCGAGUGUCCCGGGACCGCGUCUUGGAGUGGGCGCGGCUGCACGACGGCGCCCUUGUGCCCCUGGAGCUGGUGCUGCUCUGGAUGGCGUCGUGGCCCGGCUUCCGCGGCAUCGUGCGGCUCCUGGACUGGUUCGAGCUGCCCGACGGCUUCGCGCUGGUCAUGGAGCGUCCGGAGCGCUGUCAGGACCUCUGGCACCUGCUGCACGCGGGGGGGUUCCUGCCAGAGCCCGUGGCGCGGGCGCUGUUCCGGCAGGUGCUGGGGGCCGUGCGGCACUGCACCAGCCGCGGCGUCCUGCACCGCGACAUCAAGGCCGAGAACGUGCUCGUUGACCUGGCCACCGGCGAGGCGAAGCUCAUUGACUUCGGCUGCGGCACCAUCCUGCAGGACACGUUCUACACCCAGAUGGCCGGAACGCGGGAGUACUACCCACCGGAGUGGAUCCUCUUUGGCCGCUACCAUGGCCAGCCAGCCACCAUCUGGUCCCUGGGCAUCCUGCUCUAUCAGCUGGUGUGCAGGCACCUUCCUUUCAAAAGCAGAGAGGACAUCGUCCGGGGACAGCUCUUCUUCCCGCCCCGGGUGUCUCAAGAGUGCCAGCACCUGAUCAGGUGGUGCUUAUCCAUGGACCCUGCAGACAGGCCAUCCUUGGAUGACCUUUUAGAACAUUCUCCAUUGCCUCCCAUCCAGAAGGGCUCUCCUUCAACCAAGUCAAAUAUGAUGUCCAGAGGAGAGCGGGACAAUGGGAAAAAUGGCACUGGCUACAAGGAGGACAAUAUUAGAAACAACCGGGACCAGGAUUCAGAGGGAAAAGCACAUAAGAGAUCGGAGACCAUUAACUGUGGUGUGAGCCUAAGGAAGAAGGUGAGCAAAGUAGGAUCUCAGCUGGACUCUGCACUUCAGGCUGUCAUUGCAAUGGGUGGGUAG